AUGAGAAUAGAGAAGCAAAUGAAGGGAGGGAAAGAAUGGGUUCGUGGUGGAAUUAUAGGAGCCGGGGCUUUUGGUACUGUCAGUCUAGGUAUAUGCAAGUCCAAUGCCCAACUCUUUGCUGUCAAGUCCGCCACCACUUCAAUUUCGACUUUGGAGAAUGAAUACAACAUUCUCAAGUCCUUGGACUCUCCAUAUGUUGUGCGAUGCCUGGGCAAGGAGUACACCACAGAGAAUCGUCAGAGUAUUUAUAACUUGUUUAUGGAAUACAUGGCAGGGGGCAGUAUUGGGGAUCUAUUGACUAAGUUUGGAGGACAGUUGGAUGAGUCAGUGAUAAGAUGUUACACCCGAGGCAUCCUACUUGGCAUCCAGUACCUCCACAGGCAGGGAAUUGUUCACUGUGACAUCAAGGGAAAGAACAUUCUUGUGGGUUCCAACGGUGUGAAGCUUGCUGACCUUGGUUCUGCUAAGAGAAUUGGCGGUGAAGAGGACAAGGAACUGAGAUGUCAAUUGCGUGGAACUCCUCUGUGGAUGGCUCCUGAGGUUGUGAAGCAGGUGGAACAGGGGCCUGCUUCUGAUAUCUGGUCUCUUGGAUGCACUGUGAUUGAGAUGAGCACUGGAAAACCUCCAUGGGGCAGCAAUUUGCAUCCCUUCACUGCGAUGUAUAGGAUUGGCUUCAGUGAAGAGCUUCCUGAGAUACCUCAAUAUCUCUCAACAGAAGGCAAGGAUUUUUUGGAGAAAUGCUUAAGAAGAGAUCCCAGACAGAGGUGGUCUUGUGAGCAGUUGUUGGCUCAUCCCUUCGUCAGUGAGGAGUCUCCUGUCCUCAAGGAAAGCCCACUUAGGGGACCUCAAUCUUUGGUCAAAGGAACUUUGGAUUUGGAAGAGUCCGAUUCCUGCUCUUCUAUUGAUUCUUCUGGUUCUCCCAUCUUGGCAUUACCUAGGAAUUUGUCAACGAAUAGGGAGGCAAAUGAAGGGGCAUGUGAUAGAGACGAAAGAAUGCCCUGCCAGAAGAGUCCUUCUCCCAAAGAUCGGCUUAUGAAAUUAGCUGGAGGUGGCAAAUUCAAGGGAUUUGUGGAGAAAGGUAAUAAUUGGUUUGCAGAUCCCCUCCCUGAUCGGUGGAUUGUUGUAAGGUCCCCAGAACAAUUGAAGUCCUUCAAAUCAGUUGAACCUUUUCAAAUGUUGUUUUCCAAGGAGGUUCCUUCUACGCAGGUCGAAGUAGAUUGCACUUCAAUUACAGAAUCUAGUGAUUACUCGGAAUCAGAGACUUAUAGGUCGUUUUGUGGCAGAGAGGUUGCCCGAACUGAGUAUGCACUUUGUAAAGUCGAGCAUGCUAAUUACUUGCAUAAAGAUAUCUACGAAACCAUGGAUGUGAGUGACUCUGGACCUUGGAAAACAGAGCCGGUCAUAUUUGACUCUUGGACGUUUUCCAGCCAAGUGUUUAGAAACUGCCAAGUUGAGCCAAAUUGCUGCUCCUGGACUAUUACAUGCAUAGAGAAGUACUAUGUUGCAUUGAAGUGCCGUCCGCAUUGCAAUAGUAAAGUGUAUAAAUCCAAUUCUAAUUGUUUUUCAAAAAUAAUCCUCAUUAACUUUAAUUGCCCAACAAUGAGUCUCCAGAAUUCUUGGACAACUAGGCUUAUUAUUUUCUCAUUCUCGGACAACAUAACUACAAUAUUGAUUCACAUUGUCGAUUUUAAGAACUUAAAUCAGAAGUGA